AUGUCGUCGUUUAGUUCACACGUCAGCUCGAUUAUUCAUCCAGGCUGUCCUGAAUUGCCAGUUAGAUGGUUUCAUGCUAUUGAUUGUCCGCGACGCGAUCCAACGAAAGCAGCACAACAGCAACCUGCAGUUUCGUCUUCAAGUACCGGAACAACAGCAACAAAGACUGUUAAACAACCGUCAAAUUGGGUCGCAUUCUCAAAAAGAGAUUCCAAUGCGCUAGAGCAAGCAUAUCAAGCUAAUGAAUCCGGUGUCAAAGUAGCGUGCAAUGAGGACUAUUUGUUUGAAGCUGACGUUGAGAAUCGAGAAAUCGAGCCGGUAUACUGGCUAGGUCCAACGUACGAAAUUCGACGAGGCACAUGGUUUCAA